UUUAAUUCUCUUCCAUAUUUUACUACUUUUUUUUUUUUUUUCUGAAAAAAAGAAAAUAUUAAAUAAAUUUUCAUAGAAUUCAAUCCCAAAUCUUCUUGCUCACGAUCCAGUUUUCAGAUUCUAUUCUCUGUUCUACUAACACUAUUAAUUAAACCCAGAAAAAUAAAAAAGAAAGUUGGAUCAGAAUUGACCAGAAGUGCCAAAAGAGAGAAUAAAAAAAGAGAGAAUUCAACAAGGCAAAAAGGAAAAGGAAGAGAAAGAUUAAAGAAAGAAAAGAAAAUUGCUUUCUUUGUUUGGAUUGAUGGAUGCCUGAUUUAUUUAAAGAAUUUAAAGAAAAGGGCUCUGAUUACAUAGAAUUCAGGGCAUGGCUUUGGGUCCUGAUGCCCUCUGGGGCUUUUUUUUGUUUUGGAAAAAUCAAAGGUUCUAAUUGUUGGUGCCGUGGUGCUUGAAGAUUAUUGACUUUGGUGAAGCAGUAUGAAGAGCACGUUUAAGGUAAAAAGGCGAAGGAGAGGCAUAAUUAGGCGAGAUUUAGGUAAAAUAAUGAAGUGCCUGUGUUCUGGAGAGCUAUCGAGGCCAGUAGAUGAAAUGGUACCUUCAUCUGAAUCUCUUGCAAAUAAGGAUUACUCGUUGGGUGGUUAUUCCUCUAAAAAUGGCGAAGCUGACUCAAAGCCAGAUACCUCUACUAUCAAUAUAGAGGAAGCGGAAUUAACUCUUCGUGAACGUGGUUCUUUAAACUAUGAGGAAGCAAGAGCCUUACUGGGAAGAAUUGAAUAUCAAAAAGGAAACGUAGAGGCUGCUUUACAUGUAUUUGAAGGAAUAGAUAUUGCUGCAGUAACUCCCAAGAUGAAAGUUACUCUUUCUAGAAAAGGAGAACACCGUAAAAGAAAUUCACAAAAUUUUGCUACCCCACCAAUGUCAAUACAUGCUGUCAAUUUGCUAUUGGAAGCAGUUUUUCUAAAAGCAAAAUCACUACAACAUCUUGGGAGGUUUAAUGAAGCUGCUCAAUCUUGCAAAGUUAUUCUGGACAUUGUUGAAACUUCAUUACCAGAAGGCUUGCCUGAAAACUUUGCUGCUGACUGUAAAUUGCAGGAGACCAUAAAUAAGGCUGUUGAGUUGCUUCCAGAACUAUGGAAACUCGCUGAUUCCCCACGUGAAGCAAUCAUGUCAUAUCGGCGGUCUCUCCUCCAUCAUUGGAAUCUUGAUGCAGAAACAACUGCAAGGAUUCAAAAAGAUUUUGCCAUUUUUCUUCUGUACAGUGGAGGUGAAGCAAGCCCUCCAAAUCUUCGCUCCCAGAUGGACAGUUCAUUUGUACCUAGAAACAAUGUGGAAGAGGCUAUACUUCUGUUAAUGAUAUUACUAAGGAAAGUUUCUCUUAAAAGAAUUGAAUGGGAUGAAUCGAUCUUGGAUCACCUUUCUUUUGCCCUCUCAGUGUCAGGGGAUCUAAAGGCAUUAGCCAAUCAAGUUGAGGAGUUGCUUCCAGGUAUUGUUGGUCGGAGAGAAAUGUAUUAUAUGCUCGCUCUCUGCUAUCAUGGUGCAGGUGAGGAUUUGGUUGCUUUAAAUCUACUCAGGAAAUUGUUACACAGUAGAGAAGACCCAAAAUGUGUUCCUGCCCUAUUAAUGGCAUCAAAGAUUUGUGGGAAUACUCCUACGCUUGCAGAAGAAGGAAUUAAAUAUUCUCGCCGAGCCCUUGAAAACUUGGAGAGUGGAUGCAAUCAGUUGGAAAGUAUUACCAACUGUUUGCUAGGUGUAUCACUGUCAGCACAUUCUAAAUUACUUAUUGCCGAUUCUGAGAGAAUUCUAAGGCAAUCUGAGGCACUUCAGGUCCUUGAAUUGGCAGGGAAAACAACACAGAUUCAAGACCCGUAUAUUCUUUACCAUUUGACCCUUGAAAGUGCAGACCAAAGGAAACUAGAAGUGGCACUUUUUUAUGCAAAGUGCUUGUUGAAGCUGGAAAAUGGAUCUAAUAUUAACGGAUGGUUAUUGUUGGCCAGGAUCUUAUCAGCUCAGAAACGAUAUGUGGAUGCUGAAACUAUUAUCAGUGCUGCAUUGGAUCAGACUGGGAAAUGGGAUCAAGGAGAAUUGUUGAGAACUCGAGCUAGACUUCAAAUUGCACAGGGUCAAUUAAAGAGCGCCAUUAAGACAUAUGGACAGCUUCUCGCCAUUCUUCAAGUUCAGACUAAGAGCUUUGGUUCUGCAAAGAAGCCACUUAAGGGCAAUGGAAAGCCUAUUAGAAGUUUGGAAUUGGAAGUUUGGCAUGAUCUGGCUUCUGUCUAUAUAAGCCUAUCCCAGUGGCACGACGCCGAGAUUUGUCUUUCCAAAUCCAAGGCCAUCAGUUCUUACUCAGCUUCUAGGUGCCAUACUGCCGGUGCACUUUAUGAACGGAAGGGCCUCCACAAGGAAGCUCUAAAAGCCUUCACUAGUGCCUUGGAAAUUGAUCCCGCCCACGUCCCGAGCCUGGUAUCUGGAGCUGUGGCUCUCAGACGGCUUGGUAAUCAAUCAAAUGAAGUAAUCAGAGGCUUUCUAAUGGAUGCUCUGAGGCUGGACAGAAUGAAUUCAUCUGCAUGGUAUAAUCUCGGCUUGCUGUAUAAAGCGGAGGGCAGUGCAUCCUCGUUACAAGAAGCAACAGAAUGUUUCGAGGCCGCAACCUUUCUUGAAGACACAGCGCCAGUUGAACCUUUCAGAUGACCAGCGUUACUAAGAAACUGUAGCUCUGUACGAACUGUGCAUUCUUGGAUAUAUUUUGCGGAAUAUGUAUUUACUCAUACGAGUUACUGUACAUUGUAGCAUAUAAUGCAAUAGGAAUAAAAGUGGGAAAAUCUCAAAUCUGUAUGUGCAUUUUGGUUGCAUGGUCUUAAGAUCAUUCGGCUGUCCAGGACGGAUGGCUCGUCUGAAUAUAGGCAAUCUAGAUUAGCUCAGAUUAAGCAAGCGCGGCUGCUUCGCGAUAUUGUACCAAGAGGAUUUAAGAAGAAGAAGAAGAAGAAAACAAAAGAAGAAGGUUACAUCCGAGGGUGGCUUAUUGGGGAGGAUUCAUUUUUCCCAACAAUUAAAUUUAAGCAAAAUAUAAGGAAAUGGAAAGGAAGUAGGGUUUGUACUGGACAUUACAAGCUUAUUUGAUCAUUUCUCAACUUCAUUA